AUGGCGGCCACCGACGAGAAGGCAGGCAAGAUAAAAAACAGCAUUCAAACAAAAUUAAACAAUUGUGAAUUCUACGAAGCUCACCAACUCUACAAAGUUUUAUUUUUUAGAUACAGUUCACAAAAGAAAAACAAAGAAGCCCUUGAUUUAACUUAUGAUGGAUCUUUGGCCUUAUUCAAUGCACAGCAGAUGUCCAGUGGUGUUGAUUUGGCACUCAUUUUUGUUGAUUUUCUUGAAAAGUCCAAUGCCACACCCGAUAGUGAAAAUAUAGCCAGAGUAUCAAAGUUACACAGUCUUAUUGCAAUGGAUCAUGUCGAACGACAAAAGUUUGUCGGCUUGGCUCUACAUUGGGUACACAAGUGCAGUCAUGCUUUGUUACAUGGGGAGUUUGGCAUUAAUUAUUGGCAUGAAAAAGAUUACAUUCAGGCAAGAUAUCACCUGGUGAGAUCGCACAAAGGGGAGGCUUGUGCAUCCAUGUUGAUUGAGUAUCAUGUCACAUGUGGCUAUCCCAACGAAGUAGAUCUCUUCAUUGUUCAAGCCGUUCUACAGAUCUUGUGUCUGACAAACAAGCAGAUAGCAGCCACAUGUUUCAAUCGCUACACAUCCAAACACCCGCAAGUUGAAGCAGGCCCUCCCUAUAUCAAGCCACUUCUAAACUUCCUCUGGAUGUUGCUUAUUGCAAUUGAUAAAGGUAGUUUGAGCAUAUUCACAGUCUUGUGUGAGCAGUAUGACUUGUCACUGAAGAGAGAUCCCAGCUAUCAUGAUUAUUUGGCAAGGAUUGCUCAUAUUUUUUUUAAUGUCAGCCCACCGAAAAAAAACAAUUAUGGAAUUUUUGGUUAG